AUGCUUUCUCGUGCUCUUCGUGUCACUCGUAACACCAGACUCUUGUCUACUUCUAGAGUACUUUCUCUGGCUCCAGUGAAUGUCAAUCAAAAGACUGCCAGCAAAUUGGCCGAAGUCACUGGUCCGGAUGGAUCUUUGAUUGGUCCUGGUGCUAAGGAAGGUACCAUUCCAACCGAUUUGGACCAAGCUACUGGUUUGGAAAGAUAUGAAAUCUUGGGUAAGAGAGAAGGUAUUGAUGUGUUCAACUUGGACAAGCCUAUCUUUGAAGGAUCUGGUACCAUGAAAGACCCAUAUUUGGUUCCAACUUAUAUUGGACAUCGUUACGUUGGAUGCAGAGGUAAAGGUGGUGAGGAACACAAAGCAUAUUGGUUAGAUGUCAAGGAAGGUACUCCAGCUAGAUGCUGGCAAUGUGGUACUGUGUACGCUGCCAAGUACUUGGGUGAACCCGGCCACCACCACCACUGA